UUGAAUAUUAUGUAAUGGAUUAGAGCAAGAAAUAAAGGAUGGCUGUUGAUUUCGCGGAUUAUUUCUGGGGGGAGAAGCAUGAAGGCUUUCAGGUGUUGAUGCAGAACAUGAAGGCAAGUCUGCUGGCCUCUAAGGAGCUGGGGGAGUAUGUUAAGGAGGCUUCAGUCAUACAGGAACACAAUACAAAGGCCUAUGGAAAAUUGAGUAGACAGCUGGGAGGGAAUCUAUACUAUGGAACAUUCUCUCCUAUUAUUGCAGCUAUGAAAACCAGUUCUGAGAAACUAAGCCAACUCCAUCAAUCUACCCUCACUAGAAUUAAUGACCUUCUGAAGGAUAUAUUGAAAUAUAAUGAGGAAAUGAAUAAGAAACAUAAACAAAUGAAAGAUGAAGAAUCCUCGACUGCUGAUUGUGUAAAAAGUUUACAAGAUAUUGGAACUUUACUUCACAAACAAAAAGAAUUUUUCAAACAAAAAGUAGCGGAGCUAGAGAAAUUAAAAAGGGACAACACGAACAGCAAGGAUAUGGAGAAGGCCGAGUCUAAAGUGAAGAAAGCCCAGGAGGACUACAGGAACCUGGUGGAUAAGUAUUCCAGUGUGCUCCAGGAGUUUGAUAAGAAGAUGGGAACAUCCUGUAAACAUUUCCAACAGGCUGAGACAUUAUAUUUAACACAAAUGGCCGACUUUAUGCAAACCUACUUGGAGUGUAUUGAUUCAACUCACAAUGAAGUUGGAAAGGUGAACCUUGAGCUUGAGCAGCAUCUAGCUCAUAACAGUGUGGAGAAGUUACUCGAGACUUUUGUGCUUCAAAAAUACACAGGGCUAGAAAAACCAGGUCCUAUUGAGUUCAGUGAACUUCUUGCUACUGGAGGGCCCCCUUCAGAUAUAUCAGACAGAUCGGGAAAUUCUGAUAAAGUUUCUGUCAGCUCCUUACCUAAAAAGGAAUCCAGUGGAGGUUGUCCUGUAGAACUGGUGUUAGAGACGGACGACGGAGUUCAAGAUCUUCCUAAUACCUCUUUACCCCUGGGGGAACUCCCCUCCCCGGGGGGUAACCCCUCCCCCGCAUCCCUUCCUAGUCAAAAGGUUGAGAAUGAUAGGUCUCCGUAUGCUAGUCUGGCAAACUGGAGUGUACCAGGGUUUUUGAAAAGUCGGAAGAAGAAAGAACGAAGUAAGAAAGGGAAAAGUGGAAAAGAGGACGGAACAGAAAACGAAAAUAAGGAGAUAGGAAGUGAUGGUGAGGAACGAAGACGAAGUGAAACCCCAACUCCUGAUCAGACGGAAGAAGGAUACAGUGAACCCCCGCCUGGACCAGUAGAUACGGAUCCAUGGGCGGAUUUUCAUCAACCUCAGAAAAAAAAGUUUUAUUCAGACUCAGAUUCAGAUUCAGAUGAUGAGAUAAAGAAAAUUAAAAUAAAGAUUCGCCCAGUAACAGCCCAGAAUAGAUCUGCGACUUCAGCUAGCGUGGAUGAAUUACAGAAAGCUAUUGGGGGAAUAGAUCUGAUGGUGGCGACACUACCGACAAAGGGAAGAUCGAAGAGUGUGAUGAAAGAAAUGAUCGGUAGUCAUACUCUCAAGUACAAGAAACGAAUGACCCCAACAGUAGAUUUUGAUGGCGGAGUGAAGAGAUCUCAAUCGAGUAAUCUUGUUUCCAAACAUUCUCACGACCUUCUGGGACUCUUCAAUACACAGGAUCCAGUGAGUGAUAUGAGCGGAGAACCCCCUGGAGCAGAGUCCACUAGACUAGACACCAGCAAUAAUAGUAACGAGGUGUCCUCUAUCCUGCAUGAUAUUCAUGAUCUGAACGCGGCCUCUAAAGACGAGGCUGUGUCCCCAACCUCCAGCACUUCACGUGACCCGCCUGUCCGCCCCGCCCCCUAGCCUGAUGAUACCGACGAUAUGGCACCGCCUUCGGAGCCCGCCCCUGCUCCUCCCUCAGGCAGCCCGCCCCCUGUUCCUUCUUCUUUACCGCCCUCUGUCUCUGGUGAGCAACCACCUUGGUCAGAUGCAGCGUGGACGGAAAAUUCGAAAAAGGAGGAAAUAUCCUGGGCUACUGCGUGGGAGGAGCCGGUACAGCCCGCCCUUCCACCCAAACAGAAUGCCCGCCCCGCCUCUGUUCAACGGGAGAAGAUAGCCAGCAGUUUAAUAUCAUUACCUAGACCUCCUUCACGGGCACGCCCAGAACCUAGAUUACGGGGAACCCCAUCACCUACUCCUACAUCCUUCUUGCAAACCACAGCUCUCUCCCUGGCAAGGAGUGAUAGUAUAGGAUCCACUGGAAGUGAUGGUAAAUCAAGUGGACGAAGUGGAAAUGAUUCAUUUUCAUCCAAGUUCCUUGAAUCAAAAUACAGGAGUGAUAGUUUAGGUUCUAAAUCAGACAGUUUUUCAAGAUUUGAGACUGAAGGAUUAAAGACUGGUAGAUCAGGCCCCAUCAUGCCCAUUCCUAGUUCAGAAAGUCCACGCCGGGCGGACUCGGCCACACCCCCUUCCGGUCCCGCCCCUGUCCUUCACUCCUUCGCCACCAGUCGGGGUCCUUCCCCCCUCACACUGGGCGGGGCAGAGGUGGUUCCUCUAGCUGUUGCAUUUCAGGAGGUGGUACACGCGGCGUUUAGGGGAAGAGAUGAAUCCAGGUGUUUAGUAAAGCAACUAGGAGACAUGAUGCUAUCCUUCCCUGCUGGUAUAGUAGCAGUACUAGCUUCUAAUCCAUACCCAGCUCCUCUUCAGUUUAGAAUAAAGAAUGCUGCUCGGCUUGAAUCUGUUUUACCGAACAAGCAGUUGAUUAGCAAGGUGCAGAACCUCUCAACCAUAUCAACACUCGUCUUCGAGUUCAAUAUGACAAACCUCCAGGACCUGUUAAAUAAACAAUCUCAGAUAAACCCUCAUGCUAGUUAUUUCAAUAUAGACAUUCUUAAAUAUCAGAUUUCACCCUUGCCAGGCGCCGCUUCUUGUCCCUUCCAGAUGGUUUCCUACUGGAAGUGUGAAGAUGAGCAUACAGACUUGAGGCUGGACUUCAAGUACAACCAGCACGCCAUGGCCAGGCCAACUCCGUUACUGAAUCUAACAUUAGCAGUUCCAGUGGAUGGAGGAGUUCAAAAUAUGACAAGUCAGCCUAAAGGAACCUGGAAUGGUGAAUCUGGAAGAGCUUUGUGGAGAUUCCCUGACUUGAGUGCAAAUCAGAAUGGAGGAGUUGGAGCAGUCAGAGCGAGGUUUCAGCUCUCCCAGGGUCCAGGCUCUCAAGGUUCUAUAGCAGCACAGUUCAACUGUGAGGGUACUACACUAUCUGGAGUAGAAUUUGAACUGUCUGGGGUAGGAUACAGGGUCUCAUUGGUCAAACGAAGAUUUGUUUCAGGAAAAUAUGUGAGUGAACCUGAUGUUUCCCUGGAUACGAAUAGAUACGCGGCCCCGUCUUCUUUUGAUACAGAGUACUGAAAUAUUUAUCUUGUGUGUAAACAAUAAGCAACAUGGAAGAUAGAAACUAGAAAACAUAAAAUUAUUUUAGUUUUCAACUUAGGAACCUCGUUAUACAUUAUUUUCUUCAAAAAUGGAUCAUCAGAAUUACUUUUAUCUUUAAAAAUCCUUAGAAAAGUUGAAGAUGAAUCUUUGACAAGAUAUUCUAGAUCCCUAAAUCUCUUCCAUUAAAAAUUGACGGACGCCUUAAUUUUUUUGUAACUUUGAAUAGAGAUCUGUCAUUAUUGAGUUCUUUUAAAUCUACAUUUUCUUGUUUUUAUAUAUUUAAUGAGUAAAUGCUCGGAUGUAAUUAUUCCAUAUAUAAUCAAAACACAUUUUGCAUUUCAUCUUCUUAGAAAUGAUUCUUAAGUUUGCUUAAAUUUAAAUUAAACAGCAGUCAAGUAAAAAGUUCAAUUUUCAAUAUUAAAUCUAAAAUACCCGCCCCCCCCCCUUCCUCUUAUCUAACUGUGAAAAACAUUUUUAUUGAUUUUAUUUGAGAUCUGAUCUGGCUCGAAAAUAUAUAACAUAGACAGUAGCUGUUUCAUUUAAAAAGAAACAAAAUAAUAUUAAUUCAGAAGUGACAAAUCAAAUGAAAAUCUAAUCUGCAUUAUUUUUAUGUCGAUCUUUAAUUUCUGGAUCUGGAAAUUAAAGGUGUUUUUGUCAACUUAAACAUCGAUUUUAGAUUAUUUUAGAUCAAAUAACAUUUGAUUUGAUUUUUUUACCUCCCCCCACCCUCUCUUCAAAUUAAUGACUAUUCCCUUUGCACGUUGCAAAGAGGGAUGGAUCGUUUUCAUUUUAUUUUCAAAAACGAUCGUUUCGUUAUGAAAACGAUGACGAAAAAACGAAAGAUUAAACGAUAAUUUUUAAAAAACGAUCUUUUUAAAAAAGAAAUCGUUUUUCAAAAACGGUCGUUAUAAAAACGAUCGUGUUUAUAAAGUAUGUCUUUUCGUUAACGACAACCCUUUGUUUACGAUCGUUAACGACAACCCCUUGUUAACGAUCGUUAACGACGAAACUUUGUAAACGAUCGUUAACAAAGAGAGAAGGAGAGAGGAAACCGAUCUGAAGGGCGUCGGAACUUAUCAUUGAGUAGUUUUAAAGGAAAUAUAUAGAAGUUUAAGCCAGCUAACUACCGUUUUUAUAAAGUUCGUCGUUUCGUUAACGAGCGGUAAUGAUAACUCUGCAUUAACGUUCGUUAACGAUGACCUUUCGUUAACGAAGACCCUUCGUCAACAAUGUCGUCGAAAAACUCCUAUUUUCUUUAAAAACUAUAAU